AUGGUGAGAGAGCAGAAGAAGUUGAUUCCACUGCUAAAAAAGACGAAAUCUAACCGUCUUAUAGAGAUUGAAAAGUUCUCCCACUACGUUGCAAGACAGAUUGGAUUUAAAGAUGCUAGUGAGGUUCCAGUAUUAUGUAUAUUGGCCCAAGACCUUUUGAGAAGAUCCAAAGAAUGUGAUGAAAAUAUCUAUGAAUACAUUUGUAGUGUCAACGGGAGCAACGCUUAUUCUUUAUAUAUGAAUCUCAUGGAUGAGUUUGAGAGAUGCGUUAACAGUUAUUUAGCAUUUCACUGGAAUCAAGUCACACAUGUCAUUAAUUUGGCUUUAAGUGUUGAGUCUGGACAUACGAAAAAGUUCAAGAAAAUUAUAUUGGCAGCUAUGAGAAAACAAAGGUUUGAAAGAGAAAACAAGAAUAUUCAGGUGACAAGAAGGUUGUCUACUUCGACAGAAGAUAUGAAAGCAAAAAAUGGUGACAUGGAUGAGGUGAUACCCAGCGAGAGGAGUCCGAUUUUACUACUUAUAGGGGGUGGCAUGGGAGCCAGAAAGAGUUGUGUCCUUGAAAAUGUUCUCAAAGGAGCACUUUGGUCUCGAGAAGCUACAAAUGCUGUGAUAGUUGUUGAGACAAAUGUCUUUAGUGAGACUGAAAUCAUAUAUAUGGCCCUUAAUUCAAGAGUUCACCAUGAUGACAUGCUCCAAACUGCUGAAUUGAUGCAUCAAUCUUCCACUCAUGUUGCAUUAUCUAAGCUUGUGACAGCUCUAAACGAGGGUCGGGAUGUGAUCAUGAUUGAUACCUUAUCAUGUGAGUCAUUUAUAAAGCAGACUAUUGCGAUGGCAAGAAAUAUUCACGAAUACCAAUACCAGAUGGGAGUAGGGUAUAAAGUAGCUGAAGAUGGGACGGUCACCGAAAAUUACUGGGAGAGAUUACAUGACACAAAAGAAGAAAAUCAAUCAAAGGAAAUUUCUAAUGGAAAACCAUGCACGAAAAAGCCUUAUAGCAUUGCGCUAUUUGGCGUGGUUUGUGAUAGUUAUCUUGCUAUGGUUAGAAUCAUUAGGAAAGCUAUAAUAACAAGGAGCGCAGUGAACAUAAAUUCACAGUUGAAAUCUCACAAAAUGUUUGCUAAUGCAUUUCCAAGAUAUUAUAAUCUUGUUGAUUACGCCAGACUCUACUGCACAAAUGCUGUUGGUCGUUCACCAAAUAUUAUAAGGAGCAUGUUCGAGAAUGAGGAUCGAGAGGAGGCGUCUAUUAAAAAUUACAAAUGCUUAAAAGUGUUAGCCGAUUUGAAUGCUGAAGCUGAUUCCGUCUACGAACUUCACAAGGAACCCAACCCCAUAAUGGAGCCUAAUUCUCUUUGGAGUAAGAUUGUUGUUCUAUCACCCUCAAGAAAAAGUGAUAAAAAGGAUUUGAGGGAGUCCAUUAAAAAAAUAGAGAAAUCAUUCAAAAAAUAUAACCAAAUUAUUGUGUAA